AUGGGCAUGUAUGCCGACGACUGGGCAAUACUUUUGGCACUUUUCGUCGGUGUGCCGGGGACUAUUGUUCUGUGCGUGCGCAGCGUUCCCAACGGCUCAGGCAAAGACGUGUGGACGUAUUUCCUGAACCUAGCGGCACUCAAGCUGACCUUACUUCUCUUCUACUUGCGCAUAUUCACCACUCCGACAAUGAAACGCCUGCUCUGGGCCACUGUGGUGUUUGAUGUGGUAUACGGCAUCGUCUUUACUCUCGUGGCCCUGGUACAGUGUCGACCUUUAAGCUACUUUUGGCUCCAGUGGGACCGCGAGCAUCAGGGUACGUGCAUUAAUAUAAAUGCUGUGGGCUGGGCGAAUGCUGGAAUAAGCAUUGCAAUGGACUUCUGGAUGCUGGCACUGCCUCUGUCGCAAUUGAAAGGGCUACAACUCCAUUGGAGGAAGAAAGUGGGAGUCGCUUUGAUGUUCUUCGUGGGCACAUUUGUCACCGUUGUCAGUAUCUUGCGUCUACACGCCUUGGUCAAUUUCGCGAAUUCCGAUAACCAAACAUUCGACAAUUUCGAUGUGAUGCUCUGGUCUGCGACGGAAAUCAACACGGGGCUCAUUUGUGCUUGUAUGCCAGCACUGCGACAGAUCCUGCAUUCCCGACAGAGAUACUACCGCUAUGGCAAUGGAAAAGAUGUCGGUCACGUGCCAACCAUUGGAUCAAAGGACGUCGUACCCGUCAAGAAGGGAAUGACUGAGUGGUGGCAAGGUAUCAGCCUCAGCCGAGCCAGCAUGUUUGUGUCUCAGCGGAUGAACCCCAACGUGGCUAGGGCCUUCCGAGAGAGCUCGCCCAUCCAGGAGUUUCCAAGCAAAGGCAUUCAGGUUCAUCGCUCAUUCCAGGUUGAGGACGAUUUGCCUUCCUCUGUGCCGAUGCAAAACCUGAGGCCAUACAUUCCAUCAAGGCCACCGAGGAAUGAAAUCAAAAGCAGCUUCCUAGCAUAG